GCCUUUGAGGGAAAACUACUACCCUUUGGGUUCGAGGAGUGUAUACAUGGCUUGAAAGUGGACGGGGAGGCCGAGGAGUAUUGGCCAGAGUUUGUCAAGAAGAACGGCCAGUGUUUCAAAGAAGAGCCCAUUGUUAUCGUCGAGAAGUUCUUAGUGAACGCUAUGACCAAAAUGUUUGCCGAUAAUAAGGAACGGGAGGCACAGUAUAAGGAGAUCAUCGAUAAAGUAAAACCCGAUUUGAUUGUCACGGAUAACUAUGUAAAUAUGCCGACGAUUACUAAUUGUGGAAUACCUUGGGUAUGGUUGUUCUCGGCGGCCGUACACUUUGCACUCAAUGAUGACAAUAGAAUACCACCGCCGUGGGCUGACUGUAAAUUUUUAUAA